AUGGCAUCUCGUGCCGGUAUGGCUAAACAAAGUGUCGCUGAAGAUGGGACGAUUCUUGUGCCACCGCCAAAGGCCGCCACGGGGAAUAAAGACCACUACCAGAGGCUGAACUACCUGUACCAACUGUCGAUGUUCACCACUCUGAACGACAAACAACCGCUCGCGAGGACGUAUGCGAAAAACUUGGACCUUGUAAGCAAGAAGACAAAAUGCAGUCUCUUGCCCCAGGUGAAGAGAACGAUCUGCAAGAAGUGUCAUAGCAUCUUGAUACCGAACAAAACGGCUUCUACCAAAAUUAGGAACAAAGCGAGGAGGAAAGAUCCCAAAAAUGACGAUCUUGUGAUCAGAUGUGUAUGUGGAGAGGAGAAAGUAUUCAGAAUUGGACUCAACCGAGAUUACAGAUCGUUUGCAGAGAGAGGGGGGAACAUAAUUGACGUAUAG